CCAUUCGAUCUCUCUUAUUUCGUCGCCAUCUUUGCUGAUUCCUCCAUAGUCAUGGGGAAAUUCAUCAAGUCUGGCAAAGUUGUGUUGGUUUUAAACGGACGUUAUGCAGGCAAAAAGGCUGUCAUUGUAAAAAAUUACGACGAUGGAACCAGCGAUAAACCUUACGGUCAUGCACUCGUGGCUGGAAUUGCUCGCUACCCACUGAAAGUUACAAAGAAAAUGGGAAAGAAGAAGACGGCAAAGAGGUCCAGAAUAAAGCCUUUUGUAAAAGUUUACAACUACAACCAUCUUAUGCCCACAAGGUACUCAGUCGAUGUAAACCUGGACAAGCAGGUGAUUAAUAAAGAUGUGUUCAGAGAUCCAGCACUGAAACGCAAAGCCAAAAGGGAAGCCAAAGUGAAAUUAGAAGAAAG